UUUAUAUUGGCCUUUAUUUUGCCAGGGUUGGAAAAGGCAGCUGGUCACUCUGCCUCUUCCCCGAGGCUACAGGCUCUUAAUGCUUCCCUGACCUUUUCCACAACAUUCUUCCCCUUCCGGAAGCCCCAGAGGGGCUAAAAAUUACAGGGCUUUUGUUUGAUCUUAUUUGUCUGGGGUAGGGGAGGGGUGAGGAGGCCGGUGUAAACAGGCCGUCUCUUUGGCUGGCGCGGGGAGGGGGAAGCAGGACCGGCCACAAGAUUUGAGGGGCCCAAUGCAAAAUGAAAAUAUCAGGUUCCUUGAUCAUAAGUUAUUGACAAUUCCACAACCAUGACAGCAGAGCAUUAAACGCAGCGCGGGCCCGUGAGAGUGCAGCCCAUGAGCCUGCCCCUGUGCUUCCAGGACUGUGGUCCCGAUAAGGUGCUGCGACCCUCCAUUACGAAGGCCGCCUGUAUGGCGUCUGACUUUGAGGCUGGCAGAAUGAUGGAGAAGUGAUACUGAUUGUAUGAAGCAACCCCUUCGGCCAACUCCUGUCUUCCUGGGAAGGCCCCUGGGAGAAACAGCUGAAGAAGUUGAAGCCGAAGAGUUCGAAUGUCUUGCCGAGACCAUUCUGCUGUGAAAAAAAAAUGCAAGCAGCCUGAAGAGAACUUCCACAGAUCUCUGCAUCCUUCACAGAGAAGUUUUUUUUCUGAUUUUGUUUUUCUUGCAACACCUGGGGUGAGGAUAAACCUCUGCAUCGGCCAAGCAGAAGAAACAGGAUCGGUGACCGAAGUGGAUCAGUCAGGAGGGGCUCCUCGCAGAGUACAGGGAAGCACUUUUCACCCUGUUUUAGAGUGAGAAGUUGAUUCAUGAUUUACAAGACAUGGGCUGUGGCACGUCAUCUUCAAUGAAAGACAAGAAAUCUGAGAAAGCACUAAAAGCCGCAUUGGUCAUCCAGAACUGGUACCGAGGUCAUAGUGCUCAGCUGAAGACCAGACAACGCUAUGCCCUCACCAUCUUCCAGUCCAUCGAAUAUGCUGAUGAACAAGGCCAAUUGGAGCUAUCGAACUUCUUCUCCUUCAUGUUGGAAAACUAUACACGUCUACUUGAGGAAGAUCCAGAAUUAGUAACUCACCUUUUUGACAGCAACAUCCAGGACAAGGAUAGACAGGACUAUUGGGUGUUGAUAGACGUCCCAGACUCCUACUGUGGUCCUCGACUGCAAUUUCCUCUCACUUUUACUGAUAUUGAUUUACUGAUUGAGGCCUUCAAGCAACAACAGAUACUUCAUGCUUAUUAUGUCUUAGAGGUGCUAUUUGAAACCAAGAAGCUCCUGCAGCAAAUGCCGAAUUUCACUCACAUAAAAACUUCUCCCUCCAAAGAGAUAACAAUCUGUGGUGAUUUGCAUGGGAAACUGGAUGAUCUUUUUUUGAUCUACUAUAAGAAUGGUCUCCCCUCAGUGAGCAACCCAUAUGUUUUUAAUGGUGAUUUUGUGGAUCGAGGAAAAAAUUCCAUGGAGAUCCUAAUGAUCCUGUUUGUGAGUUUUCUGGUCUACCCCAAUGACCUGCACCUGAACAGAGGCAACCAUGAAGAUUUUAUGAUGAAUAUGAGGUAUGGCUUCACAAACGAAGUUUUGCAUAAAUAUAAGCUACAUGGGAAAAAGAUCUUACAAGUCUUGGAAGACAUCUAUACCUGGCUCCCAAUUGGUACAAUCAUUGACAAUGAAAUCCUGGUCAUACAUGGAGGGAUAUCAGAGUCCACAGACUUGAAUUUACUCCACCGUAUAGAAAGAAACAAAUUGAAAUCUGUGCUGAUGCCACCAAUUCCAAUAGAUGGAGACCAUGCUACUGAGAAGGGAAAUAAAGUAGGUACAACCAUUACAGCUCGGGGAAUCAGAACAAAUGGAUCCCUUUCUGAACAAUUAACAAAGCAUGAAUGGGAACAGGUUAUCGACAUUCUGUGGAGUGAUCCGAGAGGCAAAAGAGGCUGUUACCCAAAUACAGGUCGAGGAGGGGGCUGCUAUUUUGGACCAGACAUUACCUCCAAGAUUCUUAAUAAAUACCAGUUGAAGAUGCUCAUUAGGUCUCAUGAAUGUAAGCCCGAAGGGUAUGAAAUUUGCCAUGAUGGGAAGGUUAUUACUGUAUUUUCUGCAUCUAAUUAUUAUGAAGAAGGUAGCAAUCGAGGAGCUUACAUCAGAGUGAGUUCUGGUACGCCCCCCCGAUUUUUCCAGUACCAAGUAACUAGGGCAACAUGCUUGAGGCCUCUUUACCAAAGGAUGAAUGCUGUUGAAAGUAGAGCCAUCAGGAUGUUAAAAGAGAGAAUGAUUUCACAAAAAACUGACCUCAUUCGUGUUUUCCAACUUCAAGACAGCAGUAAAUCAGGAAAACUUUCUGUGGGCCAGUGGGCUUUUUCCAUGGAGAACAUUUUGGGGCUGAACUUGCCAUGGAGAUCCCUGAGUUCACAUCUGGUAACCACAGACAAAGAUGGAAAUAUUGACUACAUGUCCAGCUUCCAGGAUAUCCACAUUCAGAAACCUGUGAAAGAGGUUCAGUCUACUCUGAUUGAAACAGUGUACAGAUACCGAUCUGACCUGCAAAUCAUCUUUAAUGUCAUUGACUCUAAUCACUCAGGCCUGAUCUCCAUGGAAGAAUUUCGUAGCAUAUGGAAACUUUUCAAAAGUCACUACCGUGUCUGUGUUGAUGAUUCCCAGUUAGAUGAGCUCACCGAAAGGAUGGACUUAAACAAAGAUGGAAGCAUUGAUUUUAAUGAGUUUUUAAAGGCUUUCUAUGUAGUGCAUAAAUUUGACAAGUUGAGUAAAUCAGACACCAAGGUUGCUUAACAAGAAUUAGGGCUUUCUCUCCUUGUAAACAGUUGGCCCAAAUCACUGACACAAUCUUUGCCACGACCCUUGAAGUUCAUAGUGAGUAGUAGAGAAAAGUAGACCCCAAUUCACACCAUGAGCAGAUGUAUAAUGUGGGUAUUGGAAGUCCCUAGUAAACUGCUAUUGGUAAGACUAGGUUAAAUGUCAGCUGAUAGGAUUUGGCUCCAGUGGCGGGACUCACACACUGCCAGGUAGUAACUGGAUUUGAGCCUAGUGUUGGUCUCUUGGAUGCCACCUAACCAGGAGACCUGAGCAGUUUGUAAACAUAUUGAAAAGAACCCAUAGAAUACCAGAGGAAAGUUCAACAUCUGUGAGUGGUUGAGGGAUGGGAGGAGGAAUACCAAACUAUUAAAAAUAUUUCCAUCUUUAAACUGUAAUCUUCUUUGGAGAUAUCAUAUACCAGUGAUUUUCAGCUGUGAGGGAACCACCUUCAGGGAUGGGGGCCAUAUCAGAAUCUGCGGGGGAAGCUGUGGGAGUGUAUUGUUUGAAAAAGCGUAUUUUUUUCUUGUCUGUUGGAGAUAGAAAGUGAGUACAUUCAGACUGAGCCCUAUAGUUAAUAUGGUUUGACACCUUCACUGGUAAGAUGGGGCCUUGGUGAUGCAUACGUUGUGCAAUUUAUUCUGCCAUUCUGAUGGCCUAUCAAACAUAAUAAGAGAUUUCUGUUUGAAGGUGAGUAUAUGUUUCAUUUUCUUCUUGAAGUUUGAGAACUUUAAGAUCUAUGAAUAUGCCAGGUUAGAUAUCCUGCUACACACACCAGAAAUAAUGGAUCACAUAUAACAAAUAUCUUUUAAAAAUGCAUAGCUGAGCUGGCAAGUAAGUAAAAGAAACCCCAGGGGCAGGGGGGACUUCCCUGGUGGCU